UCUAAAAUUCUCUCUAUUUUACAGCCAAAAACAUAAGACCACCAUAAACGUCAAACCUCUCCUUCCCACCUACAGCUGUUCAAGCAUGGCUUCUUCUUCUGACCAUCAAGGCAGUGGGCAUUUAAAGUUCAAAAGCAACUCACCUAGUUUCUUUAAGUUGAUUCUCCAAGACACUAUCCAGAAUGGAAAACUUGGAAUUCCUCAAAAGUUUGUGAAAAAUCAUGGAAAUGAAAUGUCAAGCCCGGCGCUACUCAGGGUCCCAUCUGGUGAAGUAUGGAAGGUAGAACUGACUAAAUCUGAUAGCAAAAUAUGUCUUGAGAAUGGAUGGCUUCAAUUUUCAAACCAUUACUCCCUUGAUUUGGGGUAUCUUUUGGUUUUUAGAUAUGAGGGGAAUAGCAAAUUCCAUGUAGUCAUCUUUGAUACUAGUGCUUCAGAGAUACAAUAUCCACACAAAGGCAAUAAUAAUGAGCGAUCCGACGAAAUUCCGGAUCAGAACAUCGAUGAAUCCCAAGAUAAUGACUACACACAGAUCCGAAAACCGCAAUUGCCAUGUCCUCGGCCUCAUAAGAUGAUGAGAAGUUCCAAUGAAACUAUCAAAACUGAAACCGAGUGCAACGACAAGUCUGGAUUUCUACCUCAACAAGUUGAGCAUAAUGGAUGUCCAGUUAGAAAUGGUGAUAAAAGCACGGGUCGUAAGACAUUGAAGGUUCAUGAAAAGGUUAAGGCUCUUAAGAGAGCUAGUUAUUCUUUCAAAUCUGAGAGCCCAUUUUUCAAGAUUGUCAUGCAACCAUGCCAUGUUGGUUGUAGUUCUGAUAACAAAUUUAGACUGGUAAGCAAUCAAUUGAAUUCCCACUAG